CUAGAAACCAUUUCUUCAACUUCCAUGACUUCGACGGACGGCAAUGAUUUUACUCAUCGUCUCGCCAUUAAACUCUCCAGAGCAUUGAACACGAUCAAUCCCAAUGAUCUGCUAGCUCGACGAGUAACGGACAUCGCUAAAACGAGCCCUUUAGAUGGUUUUAUAGCUGCCGCGAAAUCAUUUGGCAAAUUUCAAGACUCUUUCCUGGCCGAGAUACAUUCCGAUAUAUUGUCGCAUGCGAAACAGGAAGAAACAGGUUUGGCACCUGAACCUGUCCCUGGAAUAAUUGUGCAUGAUAGUGAUGUGCUACAGCCGGAGACCGUGAGGCAGGGAGGGCUUGUUAGAAGUGAUAUGCAACACACAUUCACGAAACCCAACAAACCGCUUGAACCCCCAACACCUAGAACCUCUGUUCUUGGUCUCGAUAGACUUGCUAAAGAGAAGAGGGCUGCCACUGCGGAUGAAGGGAGUAGGAAGAAGGCCAAAUACGAUGACGAUGGAAACGAACCGGUAUUCAAAGUACCCAGCUUGCCAGUUCGUAGUAAUCAUCUACGUCGAAGAGGCGAGGACACUCCAUCACACCCAGGGGGUCUUGCCGAGCCAGCUCGCAAACGAUUGGAAGAAUACAGAAGGAACAGGGACAAACAGCGAGAUGGAAUUACCAUUGCCCGCGGAGAGAAAGAGGAUGCGCCUAAGGGUCUAGGAGACUUUCAACGGCGCUCCAACCGGGAUAAAGAACGAAGCAGGGGCAGACGUGACUUUGAACACACACGAAACAAUCGCGGAAACAGUUGGGAUUCGACUCCCCGGUCCGUGAGAGGCGGUCCGGCAGAUGCUCCAAGUGUAAGGGUCCCAAACGUUGGGUGGGACUCCACUCCUAGAAGUUCGCGCGGAGGCGACGCCUCCGGCUGGGGUGGUGCAAGGAAUCGUGGAUGGGAUACUCCUACUCCCAGAGUUGCCAGAGGCGAAAGCCCCGAAGAAGAUAGAGCUUGGACUGUAGACGCUAGAGAAUGGGAAGAGGAACAAGUUCGACUUGACAGAGAUUGGUACACCGGAACGGAAUCUGGAAUGGCUGGCGACGACGAUUACAAUCCCCUGGCACAGUACGAGGAUCUCAGUAUUAUCAAAGAAGCUGAGAUAGCAAAGAAGCAAACAAAAAAGAUUUCUGCUCGUCAAGCGCAAUACAAUGCGGACAAUGAUCUUUGGGAAGCCAACCGAAUGCUGACUUCCGGUGUUGCAACGCGUAAAACAGUUGAUCUGGACUUUGAGGACGAGUCGGAAUCUACAGUACACGUCAUGGUCCACGAUCUUAAACCACCUUUCCUAGAUGGACGUACGGUUUAUACCAAACAGCUAGAUCCCAUCAAUCCCAUUAGGGAUCCAACUAGUGACAUGGCAAUAUUCUCCAAAAAGGGCAGUGCCCUUGUUAAAGAGAAGAGAGAGCAAGCAGAACGUGCUAAAGCCGCCGCCAAACUUGCCGCGCUGGGUGGAACUUCCUUGGGUAACAUCAUGGGUGUUAAGGAUGAAGAAGCUGAGGCCGAAGCCGAAGCGGAAAGGCAAGAAAAGGAAGCCAAGGAGAAGGGAGAAGACAAUUACAAGGGCGACUCCAAAUUUGCUUCGCACCUCAAGUCCUCUACUGGUGUCAGCGCCUUUGCUAGAUCCCGGACAUUAAAGGAACAAAGAGAGUAUCUUCCUGCAUUCGCAUGCAGGGAAGACUUGAUGAAAAUUAUCAGAGAAAAUCAAGUCAUCAUUGUCGUUGGAGAGACCGGGUCAGGGAAAACGACACAGUUAGCCCAAUUCCUGUAUGAGGACGGAUACUGUCAGCAUGGCAUCGUAGGAUGUACUCAACCUCGGCGUGUGGCUGCUAUGUCGGUAGCUAAACGUGUUAGCGAAGAAAUGGAGUGUAAGCUGGGAUCAACUGUAGGCUACGCGAUCCGGUUUGAAGACUGUACAUCGGCAGAAACCAAGAUCAAAUAUAUGACUGACGGUGUACUGCUUCGAGAAUCAUUGAACGAGGGAGAUUUGGAUCGAUACAGCGUCAUUAUCUUGGAUGAAGCACACGAACGGUCAUUGAGUACUGACGUUCUAAUGGGCCUAUUGCGCAAAAUUCUUUCGCGUAGAAGAGAUCUGAAACUGAUCGUGACGUCUGCCACCAUGAACUCUGAGAAGUUCUCGAACUUCUAUGGGACUGCUCCAUGCUUCACAAUUCCCGGUCGCACCUUUCCUGUCGAGAUAUUCCACUCCAAAUCCCCUUGUGAAGAUUAUGUCGACAGCGCAGUCAAACAGGUCCUGCAAAUACAUCUGUCUCUACCUCCUGGUGAUAUUCUAGUGUUCAUGACUGGACAAGAAGAUAUCGAAAUAACUUGUCAGGUCACACAAGAGCGCCUCGAUCAACUCGACGAACCAGCACCACUAGCUGUGCUUCCUAUUUACUCACAGAUGCCUGCGGACUUGCAGGCAAAAAUUUUCGAGGCUACAAGUGAUGGACGAAGAAAGGUCAUCGUAGCAACAAAUAUUGCUGAGACGUCUUUAACAGUGGAUGGUAUUCUCUACGUCGUUGACGCCGGGUACUCAAAAUUGAAGGUUUAUAACCCGAAAGUGGGUAUGGAUGCGCUGCAGAUUACUCCUAUCAGUCAGGCAAACGCGGGUCAGAGGACUGGUCGUGCUGGUCGGACAGGCAGCGGGUUCUGUUACCGCCUAUACACCGAGAUGGCAUAUCGAAACGAAAUGUUCGAAAACACCAUUCCUGAAAUUCAAAGAACGAAUCUUGCGAACACCGUCCUACUUCUCAAGUCACUCGGAGUGAAAAACCUAUUAGAGUUCGAUUUCAUGGAUCCCCCGCCUCAGGCAAACAUUCUCAACUCUAUGUACCAAUUAUGGGUCCUUGGUGCAUUAGACAAUGUCGGCGAUCUCACUUCCAUUGGUCGGAAGAUGUCGGAGUUCCCUAUGGACCCUUCAAUGGGGAAGAUGCUCAUCGCCUCUGUGGAAUAUAAUUGUUCAUCUGAGAUGUUGACCAUUGUCUCCAUGCUAUCGGUUCCGAGUGUGUUCUAUCGGCCCAAAGAACGGAUGGAAGAGGCUGACGCUGCCCGGGAGAAGUUCAAUGUGCCAGAGAGUGACCAUCUCACACUAUUGAAUGUUUUCAACCAAUGGAAAAGUCAUGGCUUCCGUGACGAAUGGGGGAUGCGCCACUUUUUGCAUCCAAAGCUCCUUCGAAAAGCCCGAGAGGUCCGUGCUCAGCUCGAGGAUAUUAUGAAGUUUCAGAAGAUGGAAAUCGUUUCUGCUGGAACUGAUUUCGAUGUGAUCAGGAAAGCGAUCGCCGCCGGCUACUUUCACCAAGCUGCCCGAGUCAAAGGAAUCGGCGAAUUUGUCAAUAUUCGUUCAGGACUACCGACACAUUUGCAUCCAACCAGUGCUUUGUAUGGCCUUGGAUAUACCCCCAGUUAUGUUGUUUACCACGAACUUAUUUUAACAUCGAAAGAGUAUAUGACCCAAGUGACUGCGGUCGAUCCGUAUUGGCUUGCUGAGCUUGGAUCGGUGUUCUACUCUGUCAAAGAGAAGAAUUUUGAUCAGCUUGGUAACAGGCGAACUGCAGAUCGCGAAUUUUCCAGAAAAGCUGAGCUUGAGACCGAGAUGGCCAGGCAACGGGAAGAAUCUGCAAAAAAGGCCUCGGAAGAAGCACUAGCAGCGAAAACUGUCAGUAGCAGUAGUUCGAAGAUAAUUGUUCCUGGGACACCUCGACAAUCCGGUAUUGGGGCGGGUUUCAGAGUCAGUCAGACACCUAGGAAAAGCACGGGUUUAUGAUGUCGUAUCGUACAAUUGCAACAUUCGACGAUGUGAAGACCGGAUGAAGCUAUUUCAUACCAACGUUCUUACUGUGUUAAUUAGAUGUAUGUAUAAUCAUGGUAAAGGAACCAUCGGUAACCAUUUCUGGCGCCUAAUUCCCUGACUCGGGGUGUGAAAACCUUACAAUGCAGCUUUUCACACCGACACUGGGAACAGAACUCAUAUUAUUGUCAAUGACACGGGUAGAACAGAUAUAGCACCCUUCCAUGUUCCCCUAGUUCAAUUAGCGAGCUAAGCUAGGACCCAGGCUGUUCAGAAUGUUUACAAGUUGACAAGAUGAUAUUCAUCUGUGUCCUAAAGGGACUGGUGCCAAUGAGGCCCUAUACCGUGCUGGUUA